AUGCCCGCUGCUUUUGACCCCAAGCUCAUCACCGUCGUCUUCGUCCUCGGCGGCCCUGGUGUCGGCAAGGGCACUCAGUCUGCCCUCCUCGUCGAGGACUACGGCUUCAAGCACCUCUCGGCCGGUGACCUCCUCCGCGCUGAGCAGGCUCGCGAGGGCUCAAAGUACGGCGAGCUCAUCCGCAACAACAUCAAGGAGGGUCUCAUCGUCCCCAUGGAGGUUACGCUCAAGCUCGUCGAGCAGGCCAUCAACGAGGCCAUCGCCGCGCCCCCAUCGUUCCCCGAGGGCUCGCACCUCGCCGCCGGCUGGCAGAACGGCAAGGGCCGCUUCCUCAUUGACGGCUUCCCCCGCCAGAUGGACCAGGCCCUUGCGUUCGACGAGCAGGUCGUCCCCUCGGCCUUUGUCCUCUACUUUGCCACCUCGGAGGACGUCAUGGUCACUCGUGUCAUGCACCGUGCCCUCACCUCUGGCCGUGCCGACGACAACGAGGAGUCGCUCAGGAAGCGCUUCCGCACCUUCAAGGAGACUUCCCUCCCCGUCAUCGACUACUACAUUGAGAAGAACCACGUCGAGGUCAUCAACGGUACUCCCCCCAUCCCCGAGGUCUACGCUUCCGUCAAGGCCGCCGUCGUCAAGCGCCUCGGUGCCGACUUUUAA